AUGAGGCUCAGCGCUGCUAUCAAGUCAACGUGCUUCCUUCUCCUUGGUCAAAGCACUAUUGCUGAGGGUGCAAAGACCUCCCGGGGCUUUCUCCAGACUUGGCCUAUUCCUGAAGGUGUUGCUGUCGCAACCUCUUUCGACGUCAAGGCUCGCGUCCCCGGGGGCAAGUGGGAAAAGAUUGAAAUAUAUCAACUUGUUCUCAACGAGGUAAACUUCACCACCGGCGGUUCCAUCCAGCAUAACUCCUCGCUGGCUUAUUUCGACUUGAACGGUGCUGUAGAGAUUCAAGCCAGAUAUCUCAAAGAUCGAGUUUCAAAGGCAGUCAUCAGGCCUUACUCCCUCAACUUGACCCCAAAGAAAUCUGGCUCUGUUGUCACUUUCACCUUGAAUGAGCCGCGAGAUAUUGUUGUUCAGGCCAACGACGACAUCUUCGACGUUUUGCAUAUCUUCACUAACCCUCUUGAUACAAAUGUUCCAUCUGAGGGGGAUAAAGAUGUCACCUACUACGGUCCUGGCUAUCACAAGCUCAACUCUACGCUCGAGGUCGAAUCUGGCAGAACUCUGUACGUCGCUGGUGGAGCAGUGGUUUCAGCUCCCUAUAUCACAGUCCCCAACUCAAGCGAUGUGACCAUACGAAAUUCGCUACAGGUCUACCGAUCCAAAAACGUCUUGAUCGAGCGCCUGGUCGGCAUCGACUUCCUACCGAGGGCUUACGAAUCAAAGGACGUGGCAUUCAGUCAUUGGCGUGACUUCAGUGCCGUGCAAUGGGGAGAUGGAAUGGACGUGUAUUGCUACGAAAACGUUCUUAUCGAUUCCGUUUUCUUGCGCAACUCAGAUGACUGCAUCGCGGUCUACGCUCACAGGGAUGAAUGGUACGGAAACUCUACCAACGUUACCAUUCAAAACUCAAUUCUCUAG